AUGAGCAUCACGCCAGUUUACUUCUUUUCCCAUGGCUCGACCAUGAUGCUCGGUGAGGAGAGUGAGUCGGCAGACUAUUGGAAAAAAGCUGGCGAUGAGGCCCUCGCGCACAAGAUCAAGGGCGUUAUCAUGAUGGGAGCGCACUGGGAUGCUCUCGGGGAUAGGAUUGAAGUCGCUACGAAUCCCAAACCCGAGAAGUCUCCCGUCGCCUACGUACAUCCCGCCAAAUACGUCGACUAUGAACUCAACCCAGAUCUAAAAACAGCCGAAAGGUGCAUCUCAAUCCUAUCCCAAGCCGGUUUCAGUGCCUCCGGAAACUCCAGCUUCGAUUGGAUCCAUGACACCUACCUCAUCCUCAUCCGAAUGUUUCCCGACUGGUGUCCCCCGACAACGCUCAUCUCCAUGAACAACCGCUUCGAUCCCCACUACCACAUGAAGGUCGGUGCUGCCCUCCGCCCGCUCCGUAAGGAAGGUUACCUCCUCAUCGGGUCCGGCGGCGCCGUGCACAACCUCUACCACAACCACUGGAUUCCCAUGCUCCGCUACUCCGACAACUUUGCCCAAGAGCGGCCUCCAGAGCCGUGGGCCCUAGAGUUUCGGCAGGCCGUUGAGGAUGUCAUCAAGAAUAAUAGUGGACCCAACCUCCGGAGAGCCAUGACACGCUUAAUGAAGCACCCAUUGUAUAGGGAUGCUCAUGCCACAGAUGACCAUUUCAUGUCGGCCAUGUUUGUGGCCGGGUUGAUGGGGGAUGAGGAGGAUGAAGGCGUAUUUGGUGAGCUGAAGGCGGAGACUUGGGAGCUGAGGAACAUGUGUAACAAAGGUUCCGGCACCAUGGACGAGGACCAGCAUCUCGCAAAAGCUCAAGCUGAGCUUGACGAGGCGAUACUCCUACUCAAUAAAAAGGUCGCAGAACUUGCUUCAGGGAAGAAGAAUCUGUCUACCCUCAAUGAUCCCCUACCGGUGUUUCCGAAGCUGGACUCUUCGUCGGCAGAGGGGGAGCCAGCAUCGGACCUAAUCGACAGGUUUGUGAAUUUCAACCUGAAGGACCUGGUUGAAGACAAAUCGUCACAAUCAUGGAGGAGCAAAAUUAGCGGCAUGGUCUACAGUCUGCUUCCACUGUCAGCGGUAGCUCUUGGUUUCGUAGGCAAGACGAUGGAAGGGUCCACUCUAUCCCUCCCCGUCUCGGGAAUCGCGAAAGGCGCUUGCUGCGUGGUGACCUUAGUCCUCAAAGAGCGGGACCGCCGGACUCAGUUUCUCAACGAAGUGGACCGUAUCUCGUACCAAGCUCGGCGCGUGCAUGAGAUCCAGCGCCAACCCGACACCGUGCUCUUGCCACUGCUGCGCGAAAAGGCGAUGCAUAUGCUGACGGCAAUAGCGCUCUUCCUUGUCGGCACCAUCGAUUUCCUUGGCAGGAACAUCUUGAAGCAGGUCACAAAAUCUGUCUUCCGCGGUACCGAUGCCUGGAGUGAAAGCCUGACGUGCCUGCAGCGCGCCUACGAAGAAUACGACCAGGCGCUACUGCUGCAGGUCGCCAGUACCGUCCUCACCCACCAUGCCCACGCGCAACAACAGGCCGACCUUGCUGUCGCCGAGGACGCCGCGUUCAGGCAGUGGCUGCAGCCAUCGUUCGCCGAGAAUGAAGCGAGGAUGAUGGCCAAUCUGGGCCAGCGGGCUGAGGGAACGCUGCGCUGGGUCUUGGACCUGCCCGAGCUCCGGACGUGGAGGAUGGGGGAUGCGUCGUCGGAGGCCAAGACGCUAUGGCUCACGGGUCUUCCCGGGGUCGGGAAGUCCUGCAUUGCUGCGUACCUCUGCGAGUUGCUGCCCCAACAGUAUCCCGACGAUAUCCACCUCAGUUUCUUCUGCAAGCGGGGUACGCCGGAGCUGACGACAGCCUUUGCCCUGCUGCGGACUCUCUGCUACCAACUGACACGCGAAAACGCCUUUUACCGAAAAUUUCUGCAGAAAAUGCCCAGCCUGCCGAGCACGACCGGCAAGGAGGGCAUACUGUUCCUCGUUGAUACACUGCUGAGGCGGCCGCUAGCUGCGGGACUCGGGGAUUCGGCCAUCUUCAUUGUUCUUGACGGCCUCGAUGAAUUGGAGAACACGGCCGCUUCUAAGGGGCCUUCAUAUGACGGAAAGACGGAUGUUGAGGUUCUACUCGGCCAACUGAUAACUCUUCCGCGGGUGAAAAUCCUUGCGACGAGCCGAAGCCUUGCAGAGCUUCACGGCACCCUCUCUGACUCUGGCGAUGUGCGCCAGAUUGGUCCGGGUGACAACGCCAUGGACAUUGAAAACUACGUCGCCCAUCGUGUCGAGAAAUCCGAAAAACUUCGAACCGGGUUCUCGGAUCUCAAGAUUGACCCCGUCGAGUUCUUCUCUGGAAAGGCCAACGGAAUCUUCCUAUGGGUUGCCAUCGUUCUUGAUGUACUUGAGCGUGCACCGUCGUCCAAUUCCUUCAAGAAAGGGCUCGAUGAAAUCCACCCGACGAUGAACAGCAUAUACGAUGACAUCUUCGCGGGAGCAGAGCAACGACAGACGCUUAGCCUCAUGAUGGAAAUUUUGAACUGGACUCUCAUUCUACCCUCACCGUUUACGGCCCGACAAAUGGCCGUCGCGGUGGAGAUUUCUCUCGGCGACAGGGUUUUGAAGAUGGAAGAGUUCUUGCGUACCGAGUGUGGUGCACUGCUCAAUCUCAUUCCACGGCUCGGUGCUGAUGCUGUAUCGGGCGAGACUUUGGAGAUUCACAUCGGGCAUGAGACGUUUCAGACAUGGCUGGCAGAGAGGCUUGGCGAGGAUAAGAGACGGAUGGCGCAUGCUCGGGCGGCGGCGACGUGCCUGAAAUGUCUUCUUGAUAAGAAACCGGAUCCGAGCCUUAAACCUUAUGCCCUGGAGAAGUGGAAGUGGCAUCUGCGGCACAGCUUGGGGGCGGGUGAGCCGCAAUUUGCGGAUCCCAUGGCUGGCCUAGAGACUGGAAAGUCUGUGCCGGCUCCUGAGGCGAUCGACUUAUUCCACCAUCUGUAUUUGUUUCUCUCGCGACCGGAGGCGGAGGCAUGGAUAGAGGAGAGGAUGAAAAAGGUUCAUUUUGAUCAUGUGCUGUUCUGGGAUAUUCAUAUGACGCAGCUUGAAGUCAUGGCCUGGUGUGGGACGAACUCAGCUUCCCUCUCGGACGACGCCGUUGAUGGCCUGCAAGCAGAUGACGGUAUCAAAGAGCAAUUAAAAAUAUGGCGAGACUCCCUAGAAGAUCCCCGGAUAAUAGCACAGAUGCUCUGGCCGCGGGUGUGCCACGCCUGGCUGUGGAACACGUCGCUAGACUGGUGGACGGUCUUAUACAUGGCAGAGGUGCUCACGAAGUUGUUCCAUUACGCCUAUGGGGAGGGCAUCUUGGAGGAGACGCCAGAGGGGAGAAGUCUACUGGAUGAGGAGACCAAAAUCGCUCAGAACAAUAAGGGCUCAGCAGUGAAGAGCGGCGGCCAGCUCCUAGGGUCUCUCACGAUGCACCUGGCCAACACCAUGGCUCGGUCGAACACCCGAAAGUACACAAGCGGGCCCAUCACGGAAGAGUGUCUCGAGGCCGUGAAGAAGGCAGGCCGAUACAAUGAGCUCAGCGGCGUAUGCGCCGCGAACCUAGCUAUAGCCUACUUCCAACAACAACGGAACGCGGACGACAAGGAUGCCCUGGAGAAGUCUCUCGAGUUCGGCCAGGAAGCCAUUGAUGACGACCCGGAUGACGCUCCCCGGAAUUACUAUCACCUCGCCCAAGUAUACAAGACGAUGAGCUACAACGCGCAUUUUGAGCAUGAGAAGGAGCGGUUGGAAGAGCAGAUGCUCGAGAGCCUUCGCGACGCCGUCGCCCGAGACCCGGACCACAAAACGGAUGCGCGCUGCGAGCUCUACCAAGCCGAGGUAUACGGACUCCUCCGCGACCCUCCAGACGUCGACGGGGCCAUUGCGAGGCUGGAGUUCGCCAUUGUUGACAACCCCGAAGAAGCGUGCAGCCGCUGGUUCCACCAACUCUUCAACCUCCACAAAAAGCGCGGCGACCUCGAGGCGGCGCGCGAGACCUACCGACGCCAGAUCGCCUUCGACCCCCCAUCGUGGCACACGAGAUGGAAGGACAUCGCCGACACCUGGAUCGACGACAAGCAGUACCACAAAACGCGCACGUUCGACUACCGCAACUGGUGCGACGCGCUGCUCGAGGCCAUCGAGCAAGACCCCAGCUACGCGCAUAGCUACUGGUCGGACUGGGCGUCCAAGGCCGAGAGCUUGGUAGGGUACAACCACUUCGGGUUCGCGGCGGAGAUCCUCGCGUACGGGGUCGAGAAGAGCGCGGAACGGACCGAUCCGCAGGGGCGCCGGGCCUGCGCCAAGUUCCUCCUGGAGCUGGGCGAGGUACAGGGUCAAAUGUUCCAGUGGGAAGAAUCCAUCGCGCGGCUUGAGGAGGCGUGGGCGCGUGAGGCCUGCAUGGACGUUUGGGAGCGGCGCAGCACGUUGCAGUAUCUAGCAUGGGCGUAUAUGGGAGCGCAGCGCUGGGAUGAUGUGACUGCUGCCGGGGAGAAGCGUCUCGCGCUGGCGCCACAUGAGAACUGGGGGGACAAUACGAGGUAUAACGGACGGUGGUGGAAGGGGGAGGCGGCGCUGCUGGGCGGGAAGCCGGCGGCGGCGGUUAAGGAGCUGAAGAAUGCCAUUGCCAUGCUCGAAGAGUCGCUGGCGGCUGACCAAAAAGGCUCGACGAAGUCUUCAGCCGCAGCGCCUCCCAUUAAGCCGAUCCUUAACGAGGAUAUAGGCCUCCUCUUCAUCGAUCUUGGGCACGCGUACGAACGCAUGGGGCGCGAGAAGCAGGCUGUAGCCAUGUUCAAAAGGGCCAUUCCUCACGUCGAGUACGAGAUGGAGCAGAGGGUGCAGUUCCGCACGCUGCACAAUACCAUGUGGCGGCGAGAGGGGCGGUGGCGCAUGCUGCUCGGAUGGCUGCUCGAGCGAAUUCACGGGCGGGGCGAAGAUGCGCGGGUGCUUGAGCUGUACGAAUUUGCUGUCACCAUCUUCGAGGCAACCUGUUACGUCGAGGACGACUUCAUUGAGAUUGCGGACCUGCGGGACGCGCGGGAGGCGGUCCAGCGUGUGCGGGCCGGGGUGGCGUGGGAGGCGCCUUCGGAGGAGGAGUUUCAGAAGAGGAGGCUCAUGUGGAAGAUAGCGUUUAAGAGAUCCGAUUGGGCAAAUGGUCAUUUCAGAGAUGAGGUGCAGAAGACGCGGCGGAGGGGAUCCGGGUAG